UCUAAUGCCUUUAUGUAAUUCGGUAGAUUGUUAAAUUUUGCCACAUUUAAAGCCAAUUAUAUAUUUAUUCAAACUCUUAAAUCCAUUACAUCAUUGAAUUAUGUAAUUACAUUAUUUUCCGAAAUCAAUUGUUUAUUUAUUUGUUUGUUCUUAAUUCCUAUUUCAGAGUCAAAAAUCUUAUAUAGUCUAAUAUCCCCCAAACUUACAAAUUCGGAAUCAUUAACCACUAACAACUAAGCGGUUGAUAAGCUUCAGUAUGGGUUUAUGCGGGGAAUAGCAUGUAUGCAGGCACACAACACAAUAAAUCUGGGGCUAAUAGCCAAUUAAUGAAUAAUUUAAAUUUAUAUAAAUACUGAAAAAUCAAUAAUAUUUAUAAACUAACUCUAUAUAGAAACUACAACUAAACAGACUUAAGCAAAAAUGGUGAUUUCACUUGAAGAAAUUAAAAAACAUAACACUAAAAAGGACUGUUGGGUUAUUAUUCAUGGAAAGGUUUAUGAUGUAUCUGACUUUGUAGAUGAACAUCCAGGUGGGGCAGCAGUUAUUGUAAAGUUUGCUGGAAAAGAUGCAACUAAAGCAUUUGAUCCUAUUCACCCAGGCGAUACUUUAACAAAAUAUUUGGCUCCAAAGUAUCAUUUGGGUGAUGCUGAAAAGCCAGCACCUAAAGCCAAGAGCAAAGCUCCAGCAACUCCGGCUCCAGCUCCAGUGGCAGUAUCACCUCAAAGUAAUGAAGUAGAUGAAUUUGAUGUUGAAUAUGACGAGCAUGAUGAUAAGGCACCAAUUCCCACUACCCAAGUUCAACCAGCACCAUCUUCGUCUGAUGAAGACGAAUAUGAUGAUGAUGAUGAACCACCAAGUUCAACUGAAUUACAACGUCGUAGUAAUGUCAAACACAAACCAGAUUUAAGCCAAAUGUAUAAUUUAAUGGAUUUUGAAUUUGUAGCUCGUCAUACUAUGGAAAAGACAGCUUGGGCGUAUUAUUCAAGUGGAUGUGAUGAUGAAAUUACAUUAAGAGAAAAUCAUUUAAGUUAUCAAAGAAUUUUCUUUAAACCUAAAGUAUUAGUUGACGUAACAAAUAUUGAUUUAUCAACUACUAUGUUAGGUACAAAAGUUUCAUUACCAUUUUAUAUUACUGCAACUGCAUUAGGAAAAUUAGGUCAUCCAGAUGGUGAAAAAGUAUUAACAAGAGGGGCGGCAAAGCAAAAUAUUAUUCAAAUGAUUCCUACUUUAGCAAGUUGUUCAUUUGAUGAAAUUGUUGAUGCAUCAAUAGAUUCUCAAACUCAAUGGUUACAAUUGUAUGUUAAUAAAGAUCGAGAAAUUUGUAAAGGAAUUGUUCAACAUGCUGAAGCAAGAGGUAUUAAAGGAUUAUUUAUUACUGUUGAUGCACCACAAUUAGGUCGUCGUGAAAAGGAUAUGAGACUGAAAAAUAUUGAAGAUUUAAGUCAUGUUCAAGGAGAUGAUGAAGAAGCUGAUAGAUCACAAGGAGCAGCAAGAGCCAUUAGUUCAUUUAUUGAUACAUCAUUAAAUUGGAAUGAUUUAAAAUGGUUUAAAUCAAUUACUAAAAUGCCAAUUAUUUUAAAGGGAAUUCAAACUGUUGAAGAUGCAUUAUUAGCUGUUGAACAUGGAGUUCAAGGAAUUGUAUUAAGUAAUCAUGGAGGUAGACAAUUAGAAUUUCUGAAACCUCCAUUAGAAGUUUUAAUUGAAUUAAUGCCAAUUUUAAAACAACGAGGAUUACAAGAUAAAUUAGAAGUUUAUAUUGAUGGAGGAGUUAGAAGAGCUACUGAUGUUUUAAAAGCAAUUUGUUUAGGAGCUAAGGGAGUUGGUAUUGGUAGACCAUUUUUAUAUGCUAUGUCAACUUAUGGAGAUGAAGGAGUUUAUAAAGCUAUACAAAUUUUAAAAGAUGAAAUGAUUAUGAAUAUGAGAUUAUUAGGAGCUACAAGUAUUGAUCAAUUAAAUGAAUCAUUUAUUGAUGCAAGACAUUUCCAAUCAAGAUAUUUACCAGAAGAUAGAUUAUUUAGAGGCGUUUAUGAACCAUUGGUUAGUCCAGCGUUUAAAGAUUCCAAGUUGUAGAAGUAUUUUGAAUAGAUGAGAUUAUGGUUAAGCGUGAAUAGCCGAUCGGUUAUUUGAUUAGUAACCGAGGGCAGAGGCAGAGGCAGAGCCGUGCCGCAAUAAUAAAAUGGUAAUGUAACAUAGAAUUAGUUACAUAUGAUAUCUUUAUAUACUGUAGAGUAAUACAAGUUAUAUUAUACUAUACUUUAAUAGUAAUACUAUAUAUAGUUAUAGUG